AAGAAUUUUUUUCUUCGCUUAAUUUGAAUUCUUGUGAAUUUUAAUUUGAUUGUUUAUUUGUUUCUUUUCAAAGUAAAUUGUUGACAGUUGAUUUUUUUGAUAGUUAAUUUUAAUUCCAUGGAUGAACUAACCUUUGAUUCACGUAAAAAUAACGAACCAUUGGUUGUUCGUAAGAGUAAAAUUAUCCAAAAUUGGCCAUGUUUCCAUUGGAAAGACCAAGAUUGGUUAUCUAAUUUUGGAUCAUCACAAUUAACUUUUCGAUUACAUUUAAAUCAAUUUGGUGACAUUCCUUGGGAGAAUAAAUCAUCCGGACGGAUCGUUUCAACUCUUGGCCAUUUUUUAGACUGGAGAAGAAAAAGAAUCAACGAUUUACCGAGUGAUAAUCCAUUCACCCAAUUUGAUUCUAACCUAUUCUGGUCUUACAGUUCAUACAAUCACUUGGCUAAAUUACCAAUCGAGGGUUUAAUCAAAUCAAUUAACUGGUCAUCCAUCGGGUUUGGCUCCAAUCUUGGUGUUAAUGGUGAUUCAAGUACUUUCUGGAUUGGGUCAAAAGGAGCAGCCACACCCUGUCAUUACGACACUUAUGGUUAUAAUUUGGUCGCUCAAAUAGCUGGAAGGAAGCUUUGGAUUCUUUUUCCACCAAAGGAUUCGGAUAAUCUUUACCCAACAAGAAUACCUUAUGAAGAGUCCAGUGUGUUUAGUGAGGUGAAUAUUGAAUCAGCCGAUUGUGAUUUACAUCCCAAAUUUAGAGACACUUGCCCGUUGAUGGUUACCCUUGGCCCUGGUGAUGUCCUUUAUGUACCUUACCAUUGGUGGCAUUAUGUCAAGUGUAUAGAUGACCAACCUGAUGACCUUUGUAUCUCAAUAAACCAAUGGCUACCAAUGAGUGGCUCAAAUUGCGACUCACUUACCGAAGGUCUAACCAGCCUUUUAGUGGCCACUUUAUUCCCGUUUUAUCAACCACCCACUGAAGAUUGGCUUGUCGACUCAAACGCUGAGGAAACCUUGACCCAUCCCUCUGAUAUAAUUGACCUGGUUGGUCAAUUAGCCACAUCAAUUUCUAAUGAGUCGGAUAAUUUUAUCGAAAAAGUUGAUCGCUGGAUUGACAUUGUACCCAAUGAAUGUGAAAAAUUAACACCAGUUAAUUGUCAACAAUUGAAUGAAUAUUUUACUUCACCAUCGUUACCAAUUGACAUUGACGGAAACGGGAAAUGGAAAGGAAAAACCUCAAAGCGAAAAGAUUUAAACAAAAAAAUCUCAAGAGCAAAUAUAAUCAAUUCUAUCCUUAAACCUGAAGUGAUUCAAUUAAUUGCUAAAAAUUUACUGGAAUAAAGUGAAAGUAGAUUGAAAAUUAA